AUGGUGGUUCCAACAAGUUCAAAGGCAAAAUCGACAAGACUCGUGGCAAGAAGUCUUGGUCGAAUCCUCACAAGAAUAAGGUUGAUGAUAGAGCUUUUGAAUCCUCGAAAAGAGGAGAAGGAAAUCCCUAUAAAAAAGAUAAAGAAGAGAAAAAAGGUGUGCAGUGAUAUAAUUGUGAAAAGUGUGGUCACUUGGCCCAACAUUGUUUAUACAUGGAAGGAAAUGGAUAAAAAUGAUAUAGUGGUUAUGGAUGCAGUUGCAAAUGACCAUGUCAAAUCCAAGAUCUGGUUCCUCGACUCAGGUUGCUCGAGUCACAUGACUGGUCGAAAAGCAUGGUUAGUAGAUUUCGACGAGUCCAAGAAGAGCAAGGUCAAACUUGCUGAUAAUAACUUGUUACAAGCUGAAGGUACUGACAACAUAGUUAUUCAAAGGAGUAAUGGAGCGAAAGCCUUGAUCAAAGACAUACUUUAUGUCCCUAGAAUGAAGUGCAAUCUGCUAAGUGUUGGACAACUAGUCGAAAAAGGGGUUCUUAGUAGUUAUGAAAGAUGGACCCUUAGAUAUUUUUGA